AUGGAAGCGCUCGAUGAUGUUCGCCGGAGGGAACAGACCAGCCGUCUCAAUGGGCUUUGCCUCUUUUUGAAAAGCAUUUUGGAUGUCCUGCAGAUCCCGAAAAUCAAACGCCGUCACCCAUCCAGUGUUGGAUUCCACCUUUGCUUCCACCGCUUCCUCUCCACCGGCAGCACCCUCUUGCGCGGAAGCAAUCUCGGCGGAAGCCGUCCUGUACCGACCAGCGCGGCCGCCGAUCUGUUUGAUUUCGGGAACGGUCAGACUUCGCACUUUGUUGCCGUCAAACUUGGAAGACGACUCAAAGAUGACUCGUUUGAUCUCCAGGUUCAACCCCAUGCCGAUGGCGUCGCUGGCGACCAGGUAGUCGUACUCGUUAUUUGGAUCGUUGAAGAGCGCCGCCUGUUGAGCUCUUGUUUCCGGAGGCAGACUGCCGUACACGAUGGCGCAUCUCUUUCCGGUUGCCUGCUCGAUACCGGCCUUGAGCUUGUGCAGUGCGACACGGCUGAAGGCAACGACCGCAUCGCCUUUUUCCAGAUUCCUAAAGUCUCCACGAAGAGACUUGGACAUGGUCUCGAGCGGGUUCAAGCGCUGGUACCGGUGAACGAUGCACCUGUCGCCGAUCCUGGCGCAGAGGUCCUGGAUCAGCUCGACAACUCUGUCCUCUCCGCAGAGAUGAAGCUCUUUGGCUUGCAGGCCCAAAACAGCCUGUGUCCAGGCCCAUCCGCGGUCCUCGCUGGCGAUCAUUUGAAUCUCGUCAACGACGGCCACAUCCACCGGGGCGACAUCUCGACCGUGCAGCUGUGGAACCACCUGUCGACGCCCUCGGGUAUCCUGACCUCUUCACCCGUGACCAGAGCGCAUGGCUUGCCCUUGGCUGUAAACCGUGACCAGAUCUCAUGGGCCAACAGCCGCAACGGCCCAGCGUAUAUCCCCGUCUUGGCGCCUUCCAGAGCCUUGAGGGCGUUUGGCUUUCGCAAAACAUGUGUCGAGCGCCUUCUUGAAGAGGCCAACCGAGCUGUCAAGCUGCACCUGGUUGUUGACGCCAAAGGCCCGCCAAUCCUCCUGCCGGUCCCUAUAAUCGCCCAUCUCUCGCAUCACCUUGUUCACCCUGGCGUUGACGAGCACCUCAAACAUCUGAUAGCUACGCUUCUGGCUGAAGGUGGACUUGUUCUUGCUGGGGCGGCCGCCGCGGGACGAGGAUUCGCCAUGGUCGAGGCUGUCUUUGAGCUGGUCGAGGCUGUCGUUGAUUUCGUGGUGCAAAUUUAUAAUGUUCCUCUCACGCUCCCUGGACUUGGAUGA